AUGGCUACACGACGUGAAUUCGGCAGCGGUGGUAGAGGCGCCCGCGGCCGUUCAGGUCGAGGCCGAUUGGGAUCCACUCACGCCAACACAUCUCUUCAGCGAUACGGCUUACCUUCAGGAACAGAGAGUGCGCCCAGCAACCUCGAUCAACGUUUCGAAGAAAUUAAGCGUCUCGAUGCAUUAGAGGAACGCUUCAGCUUUGAACGUUAUAAUAGUGGACCUGAGCGUCUUGGUUGGCUCAUUAAUAUGCACGCGACACUUGUACCAGAUCCAGAAUGGGCAGGUGGUCGUGCAGGCGUAGACUAUUACUUUUUAGACGAAAAUGGAGAAACUUUCAAAGUGACACUUGUACAUAGCCCAUACUUUUACAUUGGUUGCAAGCCUGGCACAGAAGGUGAAGUGGAGGAAUACUUGCGACGACGUUUUGAAAAUACAAUCGAACGAGUCAAGCGAGUGCAAAGAGAGGAUUUGAAGAUGCCAAACCAUCUUAUCGGUCGAAAGCGAGUCUUGAUUCAACUAUUUUUUCGCAAUGUCUCGGAUUUAUUGUCUGUACGAAAAAUCUUAUUACCAGCAGCCCAGAAGAAUCGAGAAAAAACCAACGCCGUGGAUACAUAUGCGGAAGUAGUCAGUGAGACAAAUCAUAUCCGCUAUGAUCCAGGAUCUGGAUUAGCAUCAAUGUCUUCACGGAAAAACUUUAAUGAGGCGAUCGAGAACAUCAUUGACAUUCGUGAAUAUGAUGUUCCCUACUAUGUUCGAGUUGCCAUUGAUCUGAAUAUCCGUGUGGGAGUUUGGUAUACAGCAAAAGCUAUGCCGGAUGAAACUGUAGUCCUUACUCGGCGAGAGGAUCUUGUCCAACGUCCUGAUCCUGUCACGAUGGCGUUCGAUAUUGAAACCACCAAAUCACCCCUCAAAUUUCCUGAUGCAACAGUCGACUCCAUUAUGAUGAUUUCAUAUAUGAUCGAUGGGAAUGGAUACCUCAUCACCAAUAGAGAAAUUGUCAGUGAAGAUAUUGCAGAUUUCCAUUAUACACCAAAACCCGAAUAUCAAGGUGAAUUUACCAUCUUUAAUGAAGCAAACGAGUAUGAGGUCAUUCGCCGGUUUUUCGAACACAUUCAGCAAGCCAAGCCUACCAUCUAUGUAACUUAUAACGGUGACUUUUUCGAUUGGCCCUUUAUUGAAGCCCGUGCAAAAGCUAACGGCAUGGAUAUGUAUGAAGAAAUUGGUGUUUAUAAAGAUGAAGAGGAUGAAUACAAGUGCAAACACGCAUCACACAUGGAUGCUUUCCGAUGGGUGAAGCGUGAUUCAUAUUUACCACAAGGCAGUCAAGGUUUAAAGGCCGUUACCACAGCAAAACUCGGCUACAAUCCUAUGGAACUGGAUCCUGAAGACAUGACUAGAUUCGCCGCUGAAAAACCACAAACACUUGCACAAUACUCAGUUUCCGAUGCUGUUGCCACUUACUAUCUCUACAUGAAAUAUGUCCAUCCUUUCAUUUUUUCGCUUUGUAACAUUAUUCCCCUCGUACCAGAUGAAGUUUUGCGUAAAGGCACAGGCACGCUAUGCGAGUUGUUGUUAAUGGUCGAAGCGUACAAUGUCAGUGUCAUUAUACCCAACAAACAUGUUGAAGAAACCAACAAAAUGUUUGAAGGACAUUUACUCGAGAGCGAAACAUACGUUGGUGGUCACGUCGAAGCGCUGGAAGCUGGUGUAUUUCGAAGCGAUAUAGAUACUCAUUUCAAAGUUGACCCAUCAGCGGCACAACAGCUCAUUGAUCAGCUCGACUCUGCUUUGAAAUUCACACUUCAAGUGGAAGAGAAGCAGAAACUUGACAACAUUGCCAACUAUCAAGAAGUGUACGACGACAUCAAAAAGAGGCUAGAGGAUUUGCGCGAUAAUCCGAUCCGACACGAAGGCCCUCUUAUUUACCAUCUUGACGUCGCAGCCAUGUAUCCAAAUAUCAUUCUCACCAACCGACUACAGCCAGACUCUAUGAUCGAUGAAUCCAUGUGUGCAACAUGCGAAUUCAAUUUGCCAGACAAAACGUGCGAUCGACGCAUGACUUGGUCAUGGCGUGGUGAAUAUUUUCCAGCUAAACGCAACGAAUACAUGAUGAUUCGCAACCAGUUGAGUACCGAAACGUUCCCGCCAAAGAGACCAACAGAUCCUCCACGACCAUGGCAUGCAUUAACAGAUGGCGAGCAGAGCACAAUGAUCCGCAAACGUCUGACUGAUUAUAGUAAAAAGGUUUAUAAAAAGGUGCGCGAAACUAAAACCUUCGAACGAGAAGAUAUCAUCUGUCAGCGCGAAAAUCCGUUUUAUGUCGAUACUGUUAAGGCUUUUCGUGAUCGCCGUUACGAAUACAAAGGCUUGCACAAGAAAUGGAAACAGAAUCUCGACAAAGCCUCUUCAGGCGGAUCGCUCAAGGAAGCCGACGAAGCCAAAAAGAUGAUUGUCCUGUACGAUUCGCUCCAGCUGGCCCACAAGUGUAUUCUUAACUCAUUUUAUGGUUAUGUAAUGCGUAAGGGUGCUAGAUGGCACUCGUUGGAGAUGGCUGGUAUCGUGUGCUUGACCGGUGCACGCAUUAUUCAGAUGGCACGACAACUCGUUGAACGGAUCGGCCGUCCACUUGAGUUGGAUACAGAUGGUAUUUGGUGUAUCCUACCCAAGAGUUUCCCCGAGACUUUUGCCUUUACAACAAAAAGCGGUAAAAAAAUCAAGAUCGACUAUCCUUGUACCAUGUUAAACCAUCUUGUCCACGACAAGUUCACCAAUCACCAAUACCAACAACUGGUCGACGAAGAAAAGCUCGAAUACUCGGUGCACAGCGAAAACAGUAUCUUUUUCGAAAUCGACGGUCCUUAUCGUGCUAUGAUUUUACCCGCAUCCACAGUCGAGGACAAGCUGCUGAAAAAACGAUACGCCGUAUUCAACGACGACGGAUCGCUCGCUGAACUCAAGGGUUUUGAGGUGAAGCGUCGUGGUGAACUCAAACUGAUCAAGGAUUUCCAGUCUGAAAUUUUCAAGGUGUUUUUGGAAGGGUUGACGCUGGAAACUUGUUACGAAUCCGUAGCCAGAGUGGCAAACCAGUGGCUAGAUAUCUUGUACAGUAAAGCAGUCAAUCUUCACGACGACGAAUUAUUUCAAUUGAUUUCGGAAAAUCGAAGCAUGUCUAAAACUUUGGAAGAUUACGGCUCGCAAAAAUCGACGGCCAUCAGCACUGCAAAACGUCUUGCCGAAUUCUUGGGUGAUGAGAUGGUCAAGGAUAAAGGCCUCGCAUGUAAAUUCAUCAUCUCAGCACGUCCCUAUGGCGUACCUGUCUCUGAACGUGCCAUCCCGGUCACCAUCUUCUCGGCCGAGCCAGAUAUCAAGAGACAUUACCUACGCAAGUGGCUCAAGGAUAAUUCGCUCACAAGCUUUGAUAUUCGUGAUAUCCUGGAUUGGCCGUAUUAUCUCGAGCGUUUUGCGUCAGUGAUCCAAAAGCUGAUUACCAUUCCUGCCGCCAUGCAAAAGGUGAACAACCCUGUUCCUCGGGUGCCGCAUCCUGACUGGCUUCACAAGCGAAUGGUCGACAAGGAUGAUAAGUAUAAGCAGCAUCGUAUCACCGACAUGUUUACACGCGUAGAAAAACCCGGACCAUUGGAAGGAGGCGAAGACGUCGUGAUGCAGGAUAUUGAAGAACUUGAUGUGGGUAGCAACAAGGACGGUCAACAGAUCAAUGGAAGUGCAUUCUUUGGACCGCGCGUAUCCCGUGUCAACAAGCGCAAGCAAGCUUCAGCACCUACUAUCGAAGAAGACGGCCCGCUUCCAGAAGAAGAUCGACCUGAGAACAUGCCUGACAUGCACACAGACUACCAAGGGUUUUUGGAAUUUCAAAAACGCAAGUGGAAGCGGCAACGUGUUAUGCGCGCAAAGAACCGAGAAACAUAUGGUGCAUCCCAACCAGCUGCAAAGCAAGGAGACGUUGGUGGCUACUUUAGACGACAGACAGGCUCGCUCGUGAGCAGCGCAUGGGAACUGAUCCAGAUUGCCGGAACAGAUACGCCUGGCGAAUUCAAGAUGUGGGCUAUGGUUCAAGGAAGGCUGACCACUAUCAGUUUGCAGGUACCGCGUAUUUUCUAUCUGAACAGCCGUGAAGAAGCGCCAAGUACACUUGCCAAGCACGGACCUACAUGCCAAGUCGCCAAGUGUGUGCGUACACUGCCACGUUCGCGUCCAUGCCUUAAUCUAUUUGAAAUUGCCAUGUCAGAGGCAGAUUUUCAGGCCGAAAUUGGCAAAAUUGCAAGCAUUUUCAACGACCCUGCCACAGAGGGAGCCUACGAAACCAGUCUGCCACUUAUUAUCCGUGCACUUUUGUUACUUGGUAACCAGUGCAAGCUCAAAAAAGAUCUGACCGGCAGCAGCCGGAUAGAGGAUCAAUUCAACGUGCUCGAUCUUGUGCCUCAACUAGACGCAAAAUCCAGAUACUUUGACUCAGCCAAAGAAUUCCAAUAUGUGUAUCUCCAUCAUGUCAGCAUGGAGAACCGGCACUUGUUUAUCCUGAUGGGUGCAGCGCUUCCAAAAUCACACUGUUUUGUCGUUGGCGUGUCUGAAAGCAGCAAACAAGUGCCCAACGUCCGGCGCAUGUACUCUGAAUUUUACAACGUGAUGAUCAAGGAUAAACCAGACGCCAGUACCACGGUAGAGAUGAAGAGCAGCUUGGAAUUCGAGACAACGUACUGUAACCGGGAAAAGGAUGCUUUACGCGGCAUCAACAAGGUUCUGGCACAAUAUCGAGACAGUAGGCGUGGUGCAAUGACAAUGCUCGUCGUACGUUCGCCACGCAACGUUUCGGUUCUGACACAACACGCACGGUUGAUCAAUGAGUACCCCUACAUGGCCAUGCCACCCUCCAAUAAGGUCGAUUCGAUGCAGGCCUUGAGCUGGCUGCAACCGGCAGUAAAACGUGCACUGACAAGUUAUUUGAACCUUGGCAACUGGGUCGACCAAAAAAUAGAACAAGCGCGAUACGCCAAUGUGCCUCUCUGCAAUAUACCCGACGACUCAUACACGUUCAUCGCCGAUAUUCUCUUUGCUCGCAGGUUGCACAAAAGCGAUAUGCUACUAUGGUGGUCAUCUGGAAGCAAACCUGACUUGGGCGGUCGCGAGAAAGACGACAAUGCGGUCGAAGAGCCCGAGUGGCCAGAAAUCUCGAACCCUGCAGCAUAUCAAAACGUGUGUAUCGAAAUGGACGUAAUGCGUCUUUGCCUCAAUACGAUCAUGGAAUCACACUUGAUCAACGAACUUGAAGGUACCUCCGAUUCGACUGGUUUCGACAACACUUCGCACACGCUUGAUGAAUAUAGCAACGGAUUGGUCAACAAUACAUCCGCAUUUAGUGAUGGCAUGGUCUCAGCAAGGACGUUUGGUGUGUUGCGUGCCACCGUACAGCAGUGGUUCCAUGAAUCCAUUGGUCAAGACAGCCAGAUGGGUGAUAACAUGGUCGAUGUGCUGCAUCGCUGGCUCCAAAGUCCCAAAUCCAGCAUGCAUGAUCCGUCCCUGUAUGCGCUGGUGCACGGUCUGAUGAAGAAGGUGUUUAUGCAAUUUAUGGCCGAAUGUAAGCGGUUGGGAGCUACGGUGGUGUUUGCCAACUUCCACAGGGUCAUUUUGGCGACUACAAAGGACACGAUGGAGAGUGCCAUGCCGUACGGCGAAUACAUAUUCCGGUCGAUUCAAGCCAAACGUAUAUUCGAAGUGCUCGACUUGCAUCUUGUGGACUACUGGCAGCUGUUAGUAUGGAUGGAUGAGCAGAAUCAUGGCGGUAUGGUCAGCAAGGUCAAUGAUCAAAGCAAGGUGGUGAUGAUAUGGAACGUCAUGUACUAUUUGCCGCCAGCAGUGCAGGAAACAUUCAGACAAACAAUCGCACUCUACAUCAAGAAAACGCAUCAGUUCAAGGUCGAGUAUCCACGCGAUAUACGUCGUCAAAUCGCUACCAUGGAUGUUGACGGGGAGGAAGGUGCCAACGGCAACAGCAAGCAAGGCGCGGAAGAAAAAGAAGACGAGCGAACGAAACACAUGCGGCUUUUCAUAAAGGAAUUGCUCACAGCCCGAGUGCUAAAGUUCGUGACAGAAACAAUCCACAAGCAAGAUCAUAGUGCCGAGUUCGAGUUCCCUCAGCUAUCCGGCUCCCAUCUAAAACUGUCCAACCCUGUACUAGAGUGUGUCAAGUCAAUAUGUGCUGUGCUCGGGCUAGAUAGCUCAUUGGAGCACGAAGUGCGUCUGCUAAAACGAAACGCCCUGCAAGCUAUUGGUGGCCUAAGCGACUUUAGCGCCGAAGCACAAUUCCGUAAUCCAUGCGAGUAUUACAAGCUCACGGAAGUUAUCUGCACGACUUGUAACUUCCCAUCCGAUUUGGACUUUUGCCGCGACCCAGAACUGCAGCCUGCCGCCGAUGGAUCAACCAAGCCAUGGCCGUGUCGAGGAUGCUGUGCACCCUACGACAAAAAGGCGAUUGAACAGCGUAUGGUUAGCCAGGUCCAGCGUUGGAUGACGUCGUAUCAACUUCAAGACUUGCAGUGCAUGCGUUGCCGUGUUGUAAAACGCGAGAACUUGAUGAAGCAGUGCGACCGGUGUGGUAGCGACUUUGUGGUCAUUCAUAACAAGGCAGAACUCACACGAAAGCUUCGAGUGUUUGCCAACAUUGCACAAGAACAGCAUUUCACGCAUCUUUCUGAGAUGGUCCAGUGGACACUUCUCAGUUUGUAA